AUGGUCCGCCCCGAUAUCGUCCUCCUUGCCUGCCUCAUGGGCAGCGCGACGGCCGUGAAACAAUCACAGCACUCCGAUAGUGGCAGACUGCACUGCGGCAUCUUCGGGUCCGGUGCGAUUAAUACCGCCCAAGAUAUGUACUCUAAAAUGAGGUAUAAAAGUCUGAAGGAUAAAAUGUUCACCAUCAAACCCGGCCAGUGCGACAGGGUCCACUGUUACGAUACGACCGGUAUCUAUGUUUGUAACGACGGGCCCGUGAAUGUGGCUCUCAAAGGUGAAUGGAUUGCCAAGGGCAUAAGAUGUAUACUCGACAACUGCUGCAAGACGGAAAUGACCGGUUUCAAAUAUCACAAUGGCAUAUCCGGUCAGUAUUUCAUCAAGGGCAUGGGCCAGAACAUGAACAUCAACGUCGGGUACGGCAAUUGCCGAGACCCCCCUUCGAUCAGGCCCAGCAACGCCGGAGGCUGGGACGUCAACGGCGUCUGCGCAGGCGGCGUCCUGAACCCCGCAAGUGUCAAUUGCGAGGUCUGA